AAUAUUUGUUUGAAGAAAUGAAAAAAACUGAAGUUUUAAAACGGCUGCAAAAGUGAGAUAAUUCUUGUGAGAUAAACCCAAGUUUAUUUCAUUCUAACUCUGUCCACGUGUUGAUCGAUAUAUUUUGUACUUUUGCGCGUAUGUGCUUUUUGCACGCAUGCACGCCACAUUAUACGCACAUUUUAAUACGCGCGCGUGAUGCCAAACGCUGUUCGUGUGUGGCUGUUGAAUACGCAUUGCAUUGUUCCAUUGUUUACUUUCUAAUAAUUAUGAUGCAAUAAUAUACAUUUGAAUUUUAUCCAUGACGCUCACUGAUUAGAGAUUGCCAUUCUUUCAAAAUUUGAUGCAAUUUUACUGCAAUUGCAGUUUUUUGUUCAACUGAGGUGACAAAAUGAUUUCCACUGUUACGUCGACGUGCACCUCAAACGGAAACAGUAAGUUUCCAAGAAGUACCAGUUCGGCAGCCUGUACUACAGACAUCGGUGCAGCAGACACGUUUCCGCAGGAAAACUUUACAGGUUUUUUGAGUGACACAAGCAACGACAGUAGAAACGACGGCAAAUCAGAGGCACAGAGGAGAUCUACGGUGACACAACCAGCGCUCCAAAACCAUCCCAACAACUUGAAGGUUGUUCUGCCGACAACAGUUGCCAGUAAACCGAAUUCUAGUAUCGGUAACAUCACCCCGAUCAGUUCAGGUCAGAUGUUCUACUUGCUUCCAGCCUCAACCGUCAAAAAUGCGGCAUCGACCGGAGCCAUCAUUCUUAACCGACCAUCUAUUGAAAGUGAGUCUCAAACCGGCAAAGUGACGAAGACGUCAUCAGUAAAUACAACUACUCCAAGCAUCACUUGUAAAAUCGGGGAGAAACUCUACAAAUGCUUCGAAAUAGAGUCAACAACUGAGGAUGAAUCUCAUAUGGUCUCCAAGCUAUCAACUGCUGAAGGUGAGUCUUGUAUGGUCUCCAAGCUAUCAACUACUGAAGAGGAAUCUCGUAUGGUCUCAAAGCUAUCAACUACUGAAGAUGAAGCUCGUAUGGUCUCCAAGCUGUCAACUACUGAAGAGGAAUCUCAUAUGGUCUCCAAGCUAUCAACUACUGAAGAGGAAUCUCGAAAGGUCUCCAAGCUAUCAACUACUGAAGAGGAAUCUCGUAUGGUCUCCAAGCUAUCAACUACUGAAGAGGAAUCUCGUAUGGUCUCCAAGCUACCAGCUACUGAAGAGGAAUCUCAUAUGGUCUCCAAGCUAUCAACUGCUGAAGAGGAAUCUCGUAUAAUCUCCAAGCUACCAGCUACUGAAGAUGAAUCUCGUAUGGUCUCCAAGCUAUCAACUACUGAAGAUGAAGCUCCUAUGGUCUCCAAGCUAUCAAAUACUGAAGAGGAAUCUCGAAAGGUCUCCAAGCUACCAGCUACUGAAGAGGAAUCUCGAAAGGUUUCCAAGCUAUCAACUACUGAAGAGGAAUCUCGUAUGGUUGCCAGGCUAUCACCGACACAGCAGCAUCCAGUCACAACCUCCCACCAGCUUCAUCCUCGUACCACAGGGCAUCCCGUCGACACGAUUCCAAGUUUGGGUUCCCAUCCCAGCAGCCAACAGGUGACAAGUGUAACUGACUCAACAGAAGUCCGUUUUGUAACUACCAACGACACAUCGUCUACAUCCAGCAUCGGUCCCACACUAUUGAAUGAAAACCCCAAACAACCAUCGGAGCUAGUGCCGCCAUUCCUCCCGCCCUCAACUCCUGAAAAUACAGUUGACCCGUCUCCCGUCCCUGGUGAGGCCGACACGACCGACACAAAGAAAUUGUACACAGAGCUGACCGUGUACAUACCCGAGAAUCUGCAAUCCAUGCAACCAGCUGGAGAAAUAGCGCCCUCUAAGGCCUUGCCAAACCCCGAUCAGUCUGAGUUCGAGGGUCCUCAGCUCCAAAUCAACGAAAACUGCUCCAAUGCCUUCGGGGGUGGUUCCUAUGCCACGCCCAUGGGCUGCACCCUUCCCGACGCCAUGACGCCCUCUACGGUGGCAGACAAGCCCCAAGCCCCCACGCCGUCUGGUAUCUGUGCUGAUGACGUCAGAGUGAAAUCUACCGACGCCGAUGCCAUGCCUGCUCCCAACUCUCACAGUUUACCCAAGAAGAAGCGCAAUCGUCAAGCCAACCACGUCAAGCGACCAAUGAACGCCUUCAUGGUCUGGGCUCGUAUCCACAGAGCGCGCCUAGCCCACCAAAACCCACACGCCAAUAACGCUGACAUCAGCAUCCAGCUUGGCCAAUCAUGGAACGCACUGACGUUGGAACAAAAGCAACCAUUCUACGAUGAAGCUGAGAAACUGAAGAAACUGCACAGGCAGGAAAAUCCGGGUUGGGUAUACAGCCCCCGCCCGCCAAAACGAAGACGCGAGGGUUACACCCUCGCUCCCAGUGGCAUAGACCAAGCCGCUAUUCUUCCCAAGUGUAAACUCAAUUCGAACUCAACCUCGUACUUCACAUUUGGGUCGCAGCCUCGUUACGUCAUCCCACAGAACGAAUCAGGGGGGUUCCAGGCAGGGUCACGUGCACAACUGGUACCCGGUAUCAACACAAGCACCAUUCAGUUACCUGUCAAGAACACCAGUUAUACAACCAAGCAGCACUACGUGAUAGAGCCCAUAGGAGCACCCCAACCCCCAUCAGCCAUCAAAGCAUCUCGACCGUCCUGUCAUCCAACAGUAUUUGGUCAAACAGCCGUCGGUCAAAUUGCACGGCCAAUGGGAGUCCCGUCUUCCUCAGCCGAUGGUGGCGCACUUCUCCGGCUCGGUGUUCAAAAUGGGAAGCAGAAUGUUCUCCCAGGCCAGGGGCAAGGGACAGACACAGCCGCUGUGCUUAUCAAUGAUGUUCCCAUGAUGGUGCAUCCCAACGUGCAGAUUAUUAAAGGAACUGUAUUGCCUACAAGGUAUACAGCGCCCGCACAGGCAGGCAAUGUCCAGGCGACAGUUCACGCCCCUGUUACUGAGUCCGGACAGAAAGGUCACGGGGAUUCAUCAGCGAACCCGGGGUCAGAUUCGGGGCCGGAUUCAGGGUCAGAUGCAGGAUCAUCCCAGUCAUUUCAGGAUGGCGAUUUAGAUGACGAUGAGCGAUCCCUGAAUCUACACAUACCUGAAGAUCAGUAUUCCGCCAAUGAGCGUCGCACAAUCGAUGCGCAGCUGUUUGAGCGAUUCCUGUCCGACAUCAACUCCUGCACGAAGAAGCAAGAUCGUCGCCAGACGCCCCCACCGACCAUUCAGGAAAACAGGCCUGAGGACGACAUUGGUGAAGGCAAAGAUGAACUGAUUGACGUUGUAACAUAAACUAAACCCGUUUGAGUUAUGACAAUCCAAUGAAUUGUUUUAAUUUACCAUCCUGUUCUUAACCACGAAUUUUUAUGGAUCUUCGCAUAAUAUUAUGUACGGCAUAAAGGUAUAGCUUAGGUCUACACCUCCUGCGUUGCAGGUGUCUCCGAAUGUAUUCUUUGUUAUGCUAAUUUAGCAACAAUGAAUACACAGAAGAUUGAAAAUAUAAUUGAAGUUAAAUUUAAUGUAAAUAUUAGGUUAAAAUUCUCCAUAGGCCCAAUGUUCUGACAAAACUGAUUAGCAAUUUUGAAGUUUAUCAUUAAUGUAUUAAAUGGGUGUUACUAUUUACUUGUUCCAUGAGUUCUCUGUAAUAUUUAUCUGUUGUUAUACUGGUAAUCAAUAUUCUUUUGUAAACCUUCGUCAAAAGAACAAAAAAAGACAAAUCAUUUUCCAAAGAAUUA